UUAGUAAUAAGAAAAUUAUUAAAUUAUAAUAAUUAACAUGAUUUUUAAAUAAAGUAUGUAAGACAUUUCUUAAAUUUAUUUCAAGAACGUAUAUGUACAUCUAUGUUUAUAACGUAUUUCGAAGUUGUUUAAAGACGUUUUUUUUAGUAUACUUAAAGUUGACUUAAAGUAUCUACCGAGAUUACCGCACCGGACCGCGACGUCGGAGGCUUUGGUGCGAUGCGACUGAGACGCAUGUAUGCAUCUAUAGUAUGUAAGGUGGUCGAUGGUGGUCGCCGUACAUGCGUUAAGGACGGAAUAAGUUAGAGCGAGAAAGGGGUAUUUCGACAGCACCAAGGUCGCUGUCCAGUGCGGUAGUCUGUUAAGGCUUUAAGUUUGCCGGGGAAAAAUAUUAUUACUGGCAACACUGAAGAUAAUAGGAAUAGACAAAUUACUUCAUUUUUUAUUUAAAUCUCAUAUAGACGCAAUGCCAACAAAUAUAUAUAUACAAACCGAUUUUAUAAAAAAUAUCAUAGAUAUAUAUAUCAAAACAUUUUUUUUUUUUUAAUAAUUUUGAGUAAUACAAUUUUUGUUGCCGUCAUAAACAUUUUUACGGAAAUAUCCAUUUUGCAUUAAAAAAAAAAAAUUGGCGCCAAAGUUUUCUAAUCGUAUUGUAUCGGAAAGUUAAUUAUCAUUAUCAAUCAUUUAAAACUACAGUUUACAAUUUUAACAAUGCUAGAACAAGCUCUCGAUGAAAAUGUAUCAGACACAGAAGAAGAAACAUUUUUUCAAGAUGUUGAUAUAUUACAAAAGCAUGGCAUAAAUGUAGCCGAUAUUAAAAAACUGAAAACAGCUGGCAUCUGUACCAUCAAAGGUAUUCAAAUGUCCACGAAGAAAAAACUAUGUAAUAUAAAAGGAUUUUCGGAUGCAAAAGUAGACAAAAUUAAAGAAGCAUGCCAAAAAGUUGUCACACUUGGCUUCAUGACUGCUUUAGAAGUAAGCGAUAAACGAAAGCAAGUGUUUAAAAUUAGUACGGGAAGUAGCGAAUUAGAUAAACUGUUGGCUGGUGGAAUAGAGUCAAUGGCAAUAACAGAAGUGUUCGGAGAGUUUCGUACCGGGAAGACCCAGCUGUCUCACACUCUCUGCGUGACCACGCAGAUACCUACGCCCAGCGGCUACCAUGGAGGGAAAGUUAUGUUCCUAGACACUGAACAUACGUUUCGCCCAGAUAGACUUCGGCCUAUUGCUGACAGAUUCAACUUGGACCAGAAUGCUGUCCUAGAUAAUGUUCUCUACGCUAGAGCUUACACAUCAGAGCAUCAGGCGGAGCUCCUAGACUACGUGGCAGCGAAGUUUCACGAAGAGGGCGGGGUGUUCAAACUGCUGAUCAUCGACUCCAUCAUGGCUUUGUUUAGAGUGGACUUCUCCGGGCGUGGGGAGCUCGCAGACCGCCAACAGAAGCUAGCGCAGGUCCUGUCACGACUCCAGAAGAUAUCUGAGGAGUACAAUGUAGCUGUAUUCAUUACAAACCAGAUGACCGCCGAUCCAGGAGCCACGCUGUCUUUUCAAGUAGACCCAAAGAAGCCAAUUGGGGGAAAUAUCCUCGCACACGCAUCAACCACCAGAAUUUCUUUAAGAAAGGGAAGAGGAGAAAAUCGUAUCGCGAAGAUCUAUGACUCUCCUGACUUGCCUGAAAGCGAGGCUAUCUUUGCUAUUACCAGUGGAGGAGUAUCGGAUGCAAAAGACUGAAUGAAAAUAUGAAUAAAUAAGCAUAUGAUAUUAUUAAAGAUCUGUUUGUACUUA